AUGACGACCGUUAAAGAGACUCUGUUGACAUCCAGCAUGGCGGCCACGGAGCUGCAGAUCACGUCCAACCUGGUUGACAUCAUGACAACCUCUUAUCCAAUAGAGCUGGCUGCCCUGGGUCGACCUUUCACUUUAGGGAUGCUCUACGAUACUCGUAAAGGUGUACUGGUCCCAGGUUUCACAUUGUGGGAUACCACAACUUUACAAGAGAACACAGUUGACACCACUCAGCGCUGCAGUGACUUUCACAUUACAUCAUCUGACUCCAUGGAAUCCAAGUCCUUUCUGCUGGAUAUUGAAGCUUCUCUGAAGGUCAGUUUCAUGAGUGGACUGAUUGAAGUUGGAGGAUCUGCCAAGUACCUGAAUGACCAGAAGAAAUUCAAGAAUCAGAGCAGAGUGACCUUACAGUACAAAACUACCACCAACUUCAAGCAGUUGUCCAUGAAUAAAUUUGCAAUCCUGGACGAGCAACAGAAAGAUGAUAUUGAGAAGAGUUCAGCAACACACGUGGUCACUGGCAUCCUUUAUGGAGCAAAUGCUGUCUUUGUAUUUGACAGUGAGAAGUUAGACGCUAGCAAUGUUCAGGAGAUCCAGGGCCACAUGGAAGCUGUGAUAAAGAAGAUUCCAUCAUUUGAUAUUCAGGGACGAGUUUCAAUCAAGCUGACUGACGAAGAAAAAGCCCUGACAGAGAAAUUCUCCUGCAAAUUCUUCGGGGAUCUCAUUCUUGAAAGCAACCCUGCAACAUUUGUAGAGGCAGUGAAGACCUAUGUAGAGCUUCCAAAGCUACUGGGAGAAAAGAAAGAGAACGCUGUUCCACUGAAGGUCUGGCUGAUGCCGCUGAAGAAUUUUGAUUCUAAAGCUGCUGAGCUGAAGGCUGAGGUCAGCACUGGAUUAGUGAAGAACGUUCAAAAUACUGUUGAAGAUCUUGGGACGGUAGAAAUGAGAUUAAAUGAUUCUCUGGCAGACAGCGUGUCAAAGAACUUUCCACAGAUUCGCAAAAGUCUGACAAGUUUCCAAAGACAGCGUAAUAAUUACACAUCUGGACUCCAACAGGCCAUGGCGAAGACAGUCAUCUCCAUCCAUGAAGGAAAAGAAGAUGAGAGCUCACUGAAGAAACUCUUAGAAGACAGAGAAAAGUCCCCAUUCAGUCAUGAAAAACUAAGCAAGUGGCUGGACCACAAAGAGAGAGAGAUCAAUGUCAUUGGGUCCUGUGUCGACAUGAUGAAGGGAACAAACACAAAAAUUCUCCCAAAUCAGUCAGAGUUGGAUGAAGAGGUUCUUGCUCCAGGUGUAGAAGAUGCUCUGUGCUUUGUCUUCACCUCUCUGGAAAGUGCUGACGGCUACCUUAAAGCGAUGCAGAACUACUUGCAUUCACUUGAAUUAAGAAGCACUGAUGAAGAACCCUGGUACUUCUCAAAUGAAGUGUUAACCAAAAUGAGAGAAAAAGCCAAAGCUUUCCACGAUCUUGCUAAACCUCUCAAGAACAGCAGCAGUGUCCGUUUCCUUGCAACAGCCAUAGCAAAUGAGAAACACAAAGGAGCGACCAUCUACCAUUACAACGAGGGCAUUCUGGUCACUGAUGACUUUUCAAAGCCUGCCGUCCCUCCUUUUAAGACCAUCACAGACAAAAGUGCUUUAAUGUGGUAUGCCUGUGAUCUCUCCCUGGACCCAGAAACAGUAAAUUACAACCUUAUUCUUUCUGAUGACAACAAGAAGGCAACACGAGCAGCAAAGCAGGAAUAUCCUGAUAACCCAGAGAGGUUUGAUAUUUGCCCUCAGGCGUUGUGCAGAGAGGGGCUGACUGGGCGCCAUUACUGGGAGGUAGAGUUGACUGAGGAUUAUAAUGAAGAUAAAGGUGUAGGUGUCGCAUACAAACAAAUGGGCAGGAAAGGGAAAGAACACAUUCAUUUGGGAAUGAAUGCUCAGUCUUGGUGUUUUGGUGUUUAUGCUUUCAAAUCAAAGGUCUUUUCAGUACACAAUGAUAAGUGGUGGUCUGGCCCUCUUCCCUCAACUGGCUUCAAACGUGUUGGAGUGUAUCUGGACUGGCCUGCUGGCACUCUGUCCUUUUACAAUGUCUCCUCUAACAAACUGAGUCACCUCUACACCUUCAUUGCUCAUUUCACACAGCCUGUUUACCCUGGCUGCUACAUGUACACCGGAACAGGCUAUGUGUUCUUUCGCCCCGUUGACUAAGAACAGUGACAAAGUGAUGAAGUGAGUCUGUCUUUAGCCUCA